AUGCCUGCCUCCGUGCCCGAUGCGCGGCCGUGCCAACAGGUCGGAGCGGUCACGGCCAUCACGAAAUCCAUCCGGGCGGCCAAAGACAGCUCCUUCUGGAAGGAGGCGCUUCGGCUCCUCUCCGACCUAGAAGGCGACGCCCUCCGGCCGACCGGCAUGGCCUAUGGCUUUGCCAUCGGCGCCUGCGAGAAGGCCGGGGCUCCUCAGAGCGCCCUGCAGCUCAUGCACCGCAGCCGGGAGAAGAGGCUGGAACUAGACGUGAUCUCCUUCAAUGUGGCAUUGAGCGCUUGCAGAAAGGGCAGCCUCUGGCAGUCUGCGGUGCAGCUGCUCAGUGAGAUGGAGGCACCUGACAUUGUGUCUUUCAACUCCACCUUGGGAGCCUGUGACAAGGGGGGGCAAUGGCGCGUGGCCGUGGCAUUGCUGGAGGCAUUAGAAACACGGAGCCUCAAGGUGGACAAGAUCACGUACAGCACCAUCAUCAACACCUGCGGUCGCUCCGAGGAGUGGAUACAAGCGUUGAGUCUUCUGGAUCACGCCCAUCAGCGCGGAGUUGCGAUCGACCUCGUUCUGCUGAACACACUUGUGACGGCCUGUGAACGAGCGAAGGAAUGGCAGCAGGCGAUUCGCCUUAUGGAGCUGGCAGAGUCUUCCAAUCUUUGCCCUGACGAAAUCACCUGCAGCGCCGCCAUCAGUGCCUGUGGCAGCUGCAGCCAGCUGGCGCUAGCUCUUUCUCUUCUGGAGGAGACAGAGAUCAGGCAAGUUCAGCCCAAUGUGGUAACACUCAGUGCGGCAAUUACCGCCUGUGAGAGCCUGGGAGACUGGCCACAGGCUUUGAACCUCCUGGAUUCGAUGCAUGUCCGUGCUCUGCAGCCAACUGUUGUAACCUUCGCAGCCACGAUCAGCACCUUCGAGAAGGCAUCGCAAUGGCAGCGAGCAAUCUCGCUUCUGCAGACCGCCGAAUCCGAGCAGGCAAAACCGAAUGUUGUAGCAUACAGCGCAGCCAUCAGUGCCUGCGAGAAGGCAGCAAGGUGGAGCUUCGCAAUGCUCCUGUUGGAGCAGCUCCAUUCAGAAAGGCUUCGGCCUACUCUGAUCACCUACAAUGCCACCUUGGCAGCGUUCGAGAAGUCCGGAAAGUGGCGCCUGGCUUUGCAGUUGCUCGGGGAUGUGAAGGCUUCACAGCUCCUUGCAGAUGGCAUCACCUUCACGGCCGCGCUCAGCUCUUGCGUCCGUGCCGGCCGCUGGCGCGAGUCCUUGCAGCUGCUAGAGGACAUGGCCGUCCGGGAGCUGGACGUGGAUGUGAUCUCUUGCUGUGCUGGCCUUCGGGCUUGCGAAGCUGCGGCUCAGUGGCCACAGGCCCUCUGGCUCCUGAGCUGCAGCACACUGCAUGUGGAGCUUACUGCCGAUGCGUUUGCUGCUGCGGCCGGCGCUUGUGAGAAAGCUGCGGCGUCUGCAAACGCACCCGAGCUCUUGCGAGAGUCGGAGUUGUUGCAUCGAAGUGCCGACAAGGGACUUGCAACAUGUGCAGAGUCCAAAGGUCAAGCAAAACAGGAUACAAUUCUGCAGCCCUCCAUGUUUCGAUGCCACCUGUUGGGUGCAUGGAUCAAGCCAGGAUAUCUCCUGUCGGAUGGAUAUCUCGCUCCCAUGCGGGGCGACGCGCUCCGAGCUGCUUCCAUACAAUCGCGCGAUCAGCGCCUGCAAGCGAGAUACCUCUUCACCGACCUCACGCAGGUGCAGCUACAAGCAGACGUGGUCACGUAUAGCGCAGCCAUUGGUGCCUGCGAGAGAGCUUCUCGCUGGCAGCAUGCCCUGGCAUUGCUGGAAGGCCUCGAAGUUGGCUCAGUGCAGCCGGACGCCGUGCUUUACGGCGCCGCAGUCAGCGCUUGCGCCAGAGGCGGUGCCUGGGAAAGUGCCCUGGGCCUCCUUCAAGAUCUGGACGAAAAGCGAGUCUCGAAUGACGUGAUCAUUUACAACGCAACCAUCAGUGCCUGCCAGAGAGGCUCUGCUUGGGUGGAAGCAGUCAGCUUGUUGGCUACGUCGAAGGAGCAUCAUGUCACUCCCGACAUCAUCUCCUACAACGCCACAAUCUGUGCUCUGGAGGAGCCCAAACAGUGGCAGAAAGCCCUGGCUGUGCUGCAAGGCAUGGAGGAUGCCGGCAAGCAGCCCGACGCGAUCUCCCUCAACUCUGCCAUCAGUGUCUGCGAGUCGGCCACAGCCUGGCAGCAGGCUCUUCUCCUGUGGCUUGAUGUUGGUGUCAGAGGGCUGAAGCCCACGGUGAUUACUUUGAGCACCGCCAUCAGCGCUUGUGAGAAGGCAGCUGAGUGGCGCCCUGCCCUGGCUCUACUUGGCGAAGCGCUGCACGCGGCAGUUCUGGCCAAUGUGGUGGCCUACAACGCCAGCAUCAGUGCAUGUGAGAAAUCCGAGCAGUGGCAAAGAGCUGUUCACCUUCUGGAGGAGAUGUUUCUGCGGCAGACCCAAGUUGACGAGAUCUCUUACAACUCAGCUAUCAGUGCUUGCGAGAAGGCCGGUCGGUGGCCACAAGCGCUCCAGCUCCUAGCCGACGCGCUGCGGCGGCAGGUUCCGAUCGACAUCAUCACUCUCAAUGCUGCGAUCAGUGCCUGCGGUACGUGUGGCCAGUGGAGACGGAGCUUCCAUCUCUUGAAGGAGGUUCAGAGACUUCGGCUCGAGGCCGACGUUGUCACUUUCACAGCCGCGAUGGGUGCCUGUGAGAAGGCUGCGGAGUGGCUACAAGCCAUCUGCCUGCUCGACGAGAUGGACACUAGCCAGCUGCAGCCCAAUGUUGUGACCUACAACUCUGCCAUCAGCGCCUGUGAAAAGGCCGCGCAGUGGCAGCAAGCCUUGGUUCUCUUGGAUUCCGUGGAGUCGAUGCACUGCCUGCAGCCGUCGGUGAUCACCUUCAGUGCUACCAUCAGCGCUUGCGAGAAGGCUUCCGAGUGGCUCCAGGCUUUGCACGUUCUUGACACCAUGGACGCCCGGCUUUGCAGGCCGAACCUGAUCACACUGAACGCUGCCAUCGCCGCUUGCCGGGCUUCUUGGCGCACGGCCUUGGCUCUCCUCGAGGAGUUUACGAAGCGCGAGCUGGAAGCCGACAGUGUGAGCGUUGCAUCCGCCAUGGAUGCCUGCGAAGCUUCUGGGCACUGGGAGGCUGCUCUCCUGCUUCUCGCCGACUCCAGAGACCAGAAGCUGCGCGGGAAUGUCGUGGUGUACAACGUCGCCGUUGCUGCCUGUGGCGCUGAGGAGCAAUGGGAGCUCGCCCUUGGCCUCCUCACCCACCUCUGUCUUCAUGGGCCGCCACCGACGGUAAAAACGCUCAACUCGCUGAUAGCCAGCUGUGGCAGAGCAUUCGUGUGGCAGAGGGCUUUGCAGCUUCUUUCAGAGGUAGAGUUGAACGAGCUGGAGCCCUCUGUGGUCAGUUACAGCGCAGCGCUGACGAUCUGUGAGAAAACGGGGAGGUGGCAAGAUGCUUCGCAGGUCUUACAGAAUCUCGAAGAUGCAGUUUGGAGCCGGCUGAUCUCAUUUGCUGCCUGA